AGAGGGGCCACCCGGAUCCUGCGGCACAUCCAGCGCAUCCCGAACAUCCCCGAGCUCCGCCGCCUCUCCCCUCUCUCCCUGUGUCUCUCUCUCGCUUGGGAGCGCGUAUCCAGAUCCACAUCUUCGCUCGAGCCGGAGUGGGAGAGGAGACACACACACACAGAGCCACCAAAAAAAAAAAAAACCCACCCAAAAAAACCCCCCACACUUAGCGGAAACUUGUCAGAGAAUGCUCCUAAAGUCUGGUUUUCUCCUGCUGCUGGCGAUCAGUGCGUCCGCAUCCUACGAAGCCGAGCAGAAUGACUCUGUGAGCCCCAGGAAGCCCAGGGUGGCAGCCCAGAACUCAGCAGAGGUGGUUCGGUGCCUCAACGGGGCCCUCCAGGUGGGCUGCGGGGCCUUCGCCUGCCUGGAGAACUCCACGUGUGACACGGACGGGAUGUACGACAUCUGCAAGUCCUUCCUCUACAGCGCCGCUAAAUUCGACACUCAGGGAAAAGCUUUUGUGAAGGAAAGCCUGAAGUGCAUUGCCAACGGGGUGACGUCCAAGGUGUUCCUGGCCAUCCGCAGGUGCUCCACGUUCCAGAGGAUGAUCUCCGAGGUGCAGGAGGAGUGUUACAGCAAGCUGGACAUGUGUGGCAUCGCCAAACGGAACCCUGAGGCCAUCACAGAGGUCGUGCAGCUCCCAAACCAGUUCUCAAACAGAUACUACAACAAGCUGGUGAGGAGCCUGCUGGAGUGCGACGAGGAGACGGUGAGCACCAUCAAGGACAGCCUGAUGGAGAAGAUCGGGCCCAACAUGGCCAGCCUCUUCCACCUGCUGCAGGCCGACCACUGCGCCCAGGGCCACCCCCGCGCCGACUUCUCCAGGAGGAGGCUCUCGGAGCCCCAGAAGCUCAAACUCUACUUCAGGAACCUGCGAGGUGAGGGCUCGGCCCCGGCCCACGGCAAGCGCGGCUCCUCCUCGGCCGAGAGCGCGUGACGGGACGGCCGCCCCGCGGGCCCCGAGGGGAUGCCAAGCACUGCUACCAAAGCUCCAGAGCAAAUGCACCCGGCCCAAGCGUGCUGUAGCCAGUCUGAACAGCACCUGGGGAACCUGGGGUUAGGUUUAGUCGUUGAUAUUUUCUGUCCCCCAGCCCCCCUUUCCGAACAAAACGUCUCCGCGUGGGUCGGCGUUCGGCGUCUCGGCUUUUCCCGCCAGCAAAACGUCUCCGUCUCUUUUUCUUCCCCCCCCCCCUCCAAAAAAAAAAUUAUGUCCUAAAAGGUCUUAGUCUUAAGUGGUCAGGCCUUCAGACACCAAAUCUAAACGUACUGUAGUGCUGAUGCCACUGGAGUCUGAGGAUCUGCCCCCCAGGAGAGGAGCUCGUCCCUCCUGCCCGAGCUUAGGGGACAAGAGAUGCACUAAAAACUUGUUGCACACCCCAAAAGGUGUCAGGGGAGUUCGUGUGAUGAAUCUGUGCUGGCCAUGGACGAGUAUGAAUGUCAUGUUCCUGGUCUCUUAGUGUCCUGCAGUCCUGAUCCUGCCACCAGAGCUCUGGUAACCCCUGGAUUUCCCAAACCGGCUGGGGGUGAGUUUGGUCACCGUGACCUGGCACCGCGGUGCAAAACGAGCUCAAGCCACCCCCCCACGCCCCCCAAAAUCAGGAAAGGGACGUUUUGUACCCCAGACACGACUCAAAGAGCUGCCAGUCUGAGGCUGAAAGCUGGUCAGGAGGUUCCAUAAUCUUGCAUUGUAUUUAAAAGCUAACAUCUAUGUACUGUAUUUAACUGUCUAAAGCUUUAAAAGAAACCUAACAGAAACAAACCCUGUCUUAAGAGUAGAGUAUUAAAGGUCUUGCUCUAACUGUGGUAUAAAUAGUUUUAAAAUCUGUCAUGUACUGUACAUAAAUUCCACAAGAGUCUGCUUGAAAGGAGCAGAAUAUAAUAACUUUAUUGCCUAAACUUAGUUUUGUAAUUUAGCUCUUUCUUUUUUUAUUUUAUUAAUUUUUUUUCUUUUUUCCUGGAAACAGUAUCUCUGUCGUAUUUGAAGAGUUCACAUUCUACUCCGUGGCCUUUUUUAAUGGAAGAGGGGGAAAAAAAUGGUUUAGGAUGGGAAUUGCAGGCCCAGAAAUGGCUAAAAUGGAGGGGAAAAAAAACCAAAUUAAAACCAAGAGGAGUUCAGCCUGGCCAGUCCUGUCCCCCCAGAGCUGCUGUGAGACCCCCUCAGACCCCAGUGCUGCUGGGGGGGGCUCCUGUAGGAAUUAUCAGAGGCUUUGGGAAUUCCCUGGGAACACCCAUUGCUGGGAAAGGCAGGAAAAAUCCCGAAAUCCUCUGAAGCUUCAGCAGUGAAGGACACAGGGAUCCACGCUCUGGGAGCUGCCUUUCCUCCCACCCUCCUCCUCCUCAGCAGGCUCUGGGAAGAGGAGCAGAGGGUCCCGUCCUGGGGGUCCCCCAAACCUGCUCCCAGAUCGCUCUGGGGGAGCCAAAAAAAAAGCAGGAUCAGCCAGGCCAGCUCCAAAUCCAUCCCCUCAGAGUCCCUCUGCAGAGUGGAUGGCUCUUCCUCAGCUACUUAGCCAGCUAAUAAAGGAGGGAUCUAUUUUCCUUUUCGAAACCUAAAGCAAUAUAACUUUUUUCUUUUUUUCGUUUUGUUUUGGUUUCCUUUUUUUUUUUUUUAAAUAAAUAAAAAAAAAAGACAAAAAAAAAAACCAAACAAACCACGAAGCCUUUAAACAAUAACUUGCUGCUAAUAUAUGGAAACCAGAUGCAGUGGCAGCGUUUCUGAUGUCCCUGCCUUCGUUCAGUGUAGCCC